AUGGUCAUAGAUUUGUGGUCGAAAAGGCCAGUAGCAAGACAGAAGUGCCGUGCCGAGUCACCAAAACAGAGAGGUGGACAAACAGUGUUCAACCAGGAUGCGUUAUUAAAAAUAGCUAUCGAUCGAUAUUAUGGGAUCGGACAGGUUCGGGUUGCAGAGCAGAAGCCAACGGCGUGGAGUGAUGCCGUUGGUUUUGUUCUGGAACUUUUCCGGCCAAAGUUCAGCGAAGUCUUUGAAGCUGUGAGUAAAGAGGAUUUACAAAGAAAUGAAGAAAUUGCCCCGAGGCUGAACAGCGCAAGCCGACCACGUCCAACUACCAAGCGCAUCAUGGAUCCUGAUGGAACGCAAGAAAAUGUAGGGCGCAAAGUAAAAGUCGUUCUGUCAAGGAUACGUGAAUAUGGGGCUGAUCUAUCGAACACUUGCAACGCAUUCCCCGUCGCUAAGUAG